UAACACAUAUUUUUUAUUCGCUUGGGUUGAAAGACUGAAAGUACUUAGGUUAAUGUUUGAAUCGCAGACCAUAUGUUGCUGUAUAAUCAUAAUCAGAUAACGUUUGCAUAAAAAGAUGUGAGCUUAUUUCAAGAACUGCCGGUUAAAAGGUUUACAAGUACUUCAGAGUUAAUAAUAAAACUUCCAGUUCGCUGAACAGUUUCUCCUGCCCUUUGAACCGCUGCUGUCUGGCCAGUCAUUUUGCAAAGCUCAUAAUUGUUAGGUGUCUUAUGUUUUUUUGUCAUGUGUGUGUCUGCGCUAUAAAAGUGGUAACGACAGUGCCUUCAUCUUAUGCUCUCUGUUCUCUGUUCUCUGUGGCAAUGGCAGGCAAAGAAGCUGAGGUCCUGAAAAUGAAGCGGGAAAUUGGGUUGAUUGGUGGGAUAGCGUUCAUUUCUGGAACCAUGAUUGGAUCUGGGAUAUUCAUGUCCCCACAGUUUGUCCUGGGCUAUGUGGGAAGUCCCGGAGCAAGUCUGGUGAUCUGGUCUCUCUCAGGAGUUAUAGCUAUGCUUGCAGCACUGUCCUACACUGAGCUUGGGACAAUCAUUUCUGAAUCUGGUGGGGAGUUCAUAUACAUCCUGAGGAUCUACGGUUCAUGCCCUGCCUUCUUUGCAGCAUUUACUUUCAUCUUGGUGGUGAAGCCUUCCAGCAUUGCAGCCAUGGCAAUUAGCAUUGCAAAGUAUGCCAUAGCACCCUUUUACCCAGGGUGCGAGCCUCCUCAACUGGCAGUGAAAUGUGUAGCAGCUGCGGCCAUUCUACUUGUUGCCAUAGCCAACACCUUGAACGUCCGGCUUGCUGUCAGAAUCCAAGUGGUCUUCUUAGUGGCUAAGGUGCUAGCGCUGACAUUCAUUGUAAUUGGUGGGAUAGUGGCGAUCACACAGAGUAGCACUGUGAUUGUGGAAAAUUUUAAAAUUGAGAAUUCAUUUAAAGGCACUCAGUUCUCUUUGAGCACAGUGGGGAUGGCUGUUUAUCAAGGACUCUGGUCUUAUGCUGGAUGGUACAACUUGAACUAUGUCACAGAGGAGCUAAAAAGACCAGAGGUGAAUCUUCCCAGAGCGGUUGUGAUAGCCAUUACUCUGGUGACUGGUUUGUAUCUUCUGGUGAAUGUGAGCUAUCUGACAGUAAUGACACCUAGAGAGCUCAUGUCCUCCAGCGCAGUAGCAGUUACCUGGGGGAAUAAAGUGUUAGGCAGCUGGGGGUGGGUCAUGUCUGUGGCUGCAGCCCUGUCAGCUUUUGGUUCGCUAAAUGGGACGUUCUUCAGCGGGGGCCGUGUGUGCUUUGUCGCUGCCAGGGAAGGACACAUGCCAGAUAUUCUGGCCAUGGCUCACGUCCACAGACUGACACCAUCUCCAGCACUCAUCUUCACCACUCUCAUUUCUCUGGUGGUACUGGCCAUUGGAGACUUUCAGAGCAUCGUCAACUUCUUCAGUUUCACAGCAUGGAUUUUCUAUGGAAUCACCUUGUCUGGCCUCAUCUAUCUCAAAAUCAAGAAGCCGGAGCUCCCCAGGCCAUACAAGGUCCCCAUUCUGCUCCCCAUCCUGGUCCUCAUUGCGGCGGUAUUCCUUGUUCUAGCACCCAUCAUAGAUGAUCCUCAAAUUGAAUACCUCUAUGUAACUUUAUUUAUUUUAAGUGGCGCUAUAAUCUACGUACCUUUCAUCCAUUACAAGCUCUGCCCAGGACUGUUGACAAAGUUAACAGUGUUUAUGCAGCUCUUCCUGGAGGUCGCCCCAGCAGAGAAAAACCUGUGAGCUUUACUAUACACACAGAUUUUUACAAGCUAUGCUCCAAACUUAAUGAGUUCAGUUUACAUGGACUGUCUUUGAAUUAUAGCAAUCGCAUACAGUAUUUUCUUUUUGUAAAAAAAGGUUUGUAGUUCGACAGCUAAAAAUGUACAUUAUUGUGAACUGUGAUUUUGAAACUUAAAUGUAUAUAAAAUGUGUUAUGGAGAUUUUUAAUUUUUUUUCCUGCACAAAUAAAAAAUCAUCUUUAUAGUUUCUUAUUUUCUCUUGGAAGAUGAAGCAAAUGAAUUUGAGUAAACAAAAAUAGGGAUUAUACAAAAGCCAGAAAAACGACUUAACACAGUGGAAACAAAGUGGCUUAAAAACAACAAGCUAAACACUGUACUAGCUGCAGCUUUAUUUGGUUAAAGCUUCUCUCUAGAGUGUGUAAAUCAAUGUAGCAUUGAGGUUGAUGAGUAAAUAACUACUAUAACUAAAAGCUUUGUAUUAUGGUUUUAAAGGUGUGUGUCAUUUAAAUUCAGUCAAAUAAAGGUGCAUCUAUGCUUAAUUAA